UCCGAUCAAUAACUUCAAGUUGAAUCUUGAUCACCUUCGACGACGACGGCCACAACGGUUACUUACCAGGAGAUUACAUCAAAGGACUACUUUCUUGCUGAAGUCAUGUCCUCAGCAGUCUCAGUACCACAACACAAGCUAUCAGAGACUCCCAACUCACGUACAAUCGAAAUCAAUGAUUGGGUGAUCAUCGCGUCCACCAACCCGAUAUCUAGCGCGUCAGAGUGCGACGCGUUGCAAGCUUCGCUAGGAUUCCCGUUACCCGAGAUGACGUUUGGAAGUAACUAUCUAUCUCUCGAGCAUCAGCCAUCCGGGUGGAAGAUGAUGUUUGACACUCAUAAUGCCCUCAAGUGUGUGAAAAAGGGUGAGCUCGGGGAGGGCGAUGGUGGAGUCAAGGUUGGCUACGCAGAUGCCUGGCUUAAGAGCCGCACAGACCCUGGAACGAACCUUCCGUUACCUGUUACAGUCUCAGCCAAGCAUUAUGACUGGACUUACACCAUGACUUAUCCCGGCCAUCACUCUGAUUCCGCACCAGACAUCGAAUCGCCCAGUCCUUCAAUACAAUGGAUGGAUGCCAAUGAGGAUAACCCAUUACAUUCUAUUCCGCUCUCUGAGCUCACGCGACCAGAUCCAAUAUUAUUCUACGCGGAAAUCCCACUUUUUGAGGAUGAACUACACGAUAAUGGAUCAUCCAACCUUCUCGUGCGAAUACGCGUCAUGCCCACAUGUAUAUUCAUUUUGUCGCGAUUCACGCUUCGUGUGGAUAAUGUGCUCUUCCGCACACAUGACACGAGGAUAUAUCAUUCUUUUACCUCAAGUCCUUCGUUAGUCGUACGUCAAUUGAGCGGUUGGGAAGCACCAUAUGAUGGCGUUAAGAGGCGACUUCCCAGUCGCAAUGAUCUGACCCCUCUAACGGACGCGAACUUCAUUGCGAAGGUGCUGACAGAAUUACCUGUUAUGGAAUCUCAGCAGAUAGGGGCAAGGACUCGUUGGAGGGGUUUGAGGACAAAAGUAGAAAUAGCAGGUACUUGCAAGAGAUGGACUCUAAUGCACUAGUGAUAAGUGGUAGAACCAUCUGCAUUGUAUUUGUAGCUCAUGAAUUUGUUUUCAUAUCCUAACCUUUUCGGCAGAAUUCGGGGCACGACUAGACUCUGGGAAUUUCCUCAGAACACAUUUGGCUGCCGAACAAACAACCGUACUGAGCAACUAUCCACACUGGCGGUGCUUUUAU